AUGUCAGUUCCAUCGACAAAUCCUAUUAACGGUUUGAUUGAAGGAUUCUAUUGGUCUGCUUCCAACGCAGUCAAUAACGAAUAUGAUUUCUUCACAAAGAAGCAACGCGAUCAAUUGGUCUCCUCAAUGAAUGAAGGAGUCAAUUAUUAUUUUUAUUGCCCACAAGAUCGUGAAGAUGAUUCGUUCACAAUGCGACCAUGGAAUACGCAGAAAUUAAUUGAUUGGUCUGAUACCAUAUCCAGAGCGUCGAAUAUUUCUUUUGUCAUCGGCUUACGACCACGUUGGAUCGACACUGUUCAAUCUUCUUUCGAAUCGAUCAAAUUAAUCUUAAAUCAAUUAGCAUCAAUCGGCAUUCGGUAUUAUAUCUUAUGUUGGGACGAUGCAUCAGGUGCUGGUACAGAUUCUCAAAUGAUAUUGCAGAGAGAUCUUAUUCAUGCACUUGUUCGAGAAGUGACCAACAUAGAAUUGAUCGGUAUUAUUCCUGCUUUCUAUGCUCGAUCUCAAGUAGCUGAUGCGACGAAUGUUGUUUGGGCAGAAAAACUUUCAAUUUUAAAUCAAAUAUCAAGUAAAAUUCGAUUUUUUGUCACUGGAUUGACUGUGGUUCCAUCAUCUAUUCAAAUCACAGAUAUUCCGCCGUUAGAAAAUCGUCAGUUUAUUUUUUUCGAUAAUUGGAUUGCGGUGGACUCGAAUUCUAAAGUAACGAUGACUUGGCCACCGAAUCGUCAUCCGGAUAUUUACAAAGGAAGUCAAUCAGUUUCAGGUUCGGUUUUGAAUUUAGCAUUUCCACCGGAAAGAAUUAUCCAUCAAAUUUAUGCUCUGAAACAACGAAUUAAUAACACGUAUUCAAAUAUCAACGCAAAUCAAGCUGCUGAAUCCUGGGCGACUUAUCUCAUAUCAAAUACUUUUUAUGAAUCAAAUGCUUUCGAACGAUUGCAAAGUGACUUACAAUCAUUGAUUGAUCAUGGUUAUGAAACAAACUCAGAAAUUCUUCAACAUUAUCCACUACUAAAAAGAAUCUUUACAAAUUAG